AAUAUAUAUGCAUAUAUGUAUAAGUAGGUAUCCAUUGCCAUAAAUCACUCUUUAACGACCUAUUUAAAAGCCACCCGACCUCUUGACAUUUGCUUGAAUGCGUUAGGCGCCAUUUCAGUGCAAGAUGUGGCAAGGCGCCGCUGUGUGUUGGGCUCUGGUGUCAGUGGUACUGGCUUCGAUAACUAUAGGUCCUUUAGAACCGAUACCGGAUAAAUUAAAGGAUGCUGAGGGCUGCUAUAUUUCAGAUUUAGACGUCCUGUUAGCCUUCAAUGAAACACUCAACACGGAAUGCCAGGAGAUAUCGUGUGACAUCAAAGCGGUCACUUACACCUCAUGCGGAUUAAUGAGAGCAAUAGAACCGUGUGAGGUAUUAGAAGAUAAGGACAAGCCCUAUCCUGAGUGUUGCCCACGCAUCAAGUGCCCUGACUUAGUUAAUCCAACGGAAUUAGUGUCGACUGAAUGAUUAUAAAAUAGUUUUAAUAGUUUAAAAAUGAAAUGGUAUAAUGUAGUUAAUAUACCUAAUUGAAAUGUACGAAUGGAAAAAUGUCUCGACCAUUGUAAUGUUGUAACUGAUGUUUGUUUUUUAAAAUAUGUACUUUAUAAUUAAUGUCUAUUUAUAUAAUGAAUUGUAUGAUUUAUAAAA